AUGGCCACCACCACUGCCCUGCACACACGUGUGGCGGAGGGCGGCCGCCGGGGGUCUCCCUCCUCCGGCGGGGCGGCGGGCGGCGGGGGGCUGCGGAGCGCGUCCCCGCACCGGAACGCCUACGAGGCCACCAUCCAGGCCCUGGCGCCCACAAAGGAGGCCGACGGCGGCGAGGACGGCAAGAAGAGUCGGGGCAAGAAGUAUGGCUCCAACGUCCACCGGAUCAAGAACAUGUUCCUGCAGAUGGGGACGGCGCCCGGCCCCGAGGGCACCUGCGACCUGGCCAAGGCCAAGGAGAAGCCGGUGCGCCUCUCCUUGCCCCGUGCCGGCAGCCUCAGUGAGACCAUGGACCAGGGCAACCUCCUCAAGCUGGGCACCAGUGUCUCGGAGCGGGUCAGCCGCUUCGACUCCAAGCCUGACAAGCCCUUCUCCAAGCUGCAGGAGACACGCAAGAUCUUCGAGAGGAGCCCGCAGGAGAAGGCCACCACCACCAAGCUGCUGCUCCGCAAGGAGCGCGCCGGCUUUCAGGACCGCAAGCUGGACGUGGUUGUGAGGUUCAACGGCAGCACUGAGUCCCUGGACAAGCUGGAUGCUGACGCCGUGUCGCCCACGGUCAGCCAGCUCAGCGCCGUCUUCGAGAAGGCCGAUCUCCGGAACAACCUGCACAAGACGCAGGGCAGGGCGGGAGCACCGCUCAACGCCAAGGUGGUGGGCAAGCGGCCGCGGGUCUUCGUGCCGGGUGCCGAGGCUGGGCGCCAGGGCGAUGGGCACCCUGCCCCAACCCAUGCCCGUCCGCCCGAGGAGGAGAAGGUGCCAAGCAAGAGUGUGAGGCCAGCAGAGAAGGAACCGGUCACCCCACGGGUGCAGGAGGUCUGCAAGAUCAAGCCGGUGGAGGUGGAGGAGAGCGGAGAGGAUGAGGAGGAGGAGGUGGUGGCAGUGGGUGAAGCAGUGCCACCUGCUCCCCAAAUGGCCAAGGGGGACGAGGGUCCGGCGGCUACCACCCCACGGCUGGAUGGGAGUACCGGGGUGGCCGCAGGCGAGGAGGGUGUCAAGGGCGAGCGGGUGGAGGAGGGUGAUGGCUACGAGGAGGCCAAGAAGGAGGACUUCUCCGAGGCGGACCUGGUGGACAUAAGUGCCUACAGCGGUCUCGGGGAUGACUCGGGGGGCAGCGGGCUGGAGGAGGAGGAGGAGGCCGAAGGGCUGUACGAGCCCGAGUCGGGCUGUGUGGAGAUCCCUGGGCUGUCCGAGGAAGAGGAGCCCAUCCCCAACCGCAAGAUCCAGUUCAGCACAGCCCCCAUCCAGGUGUUCAGCACUUACUCCAACGAGGACUAUGACCGCCGCAAUGAGGAUGUUGACCCCAUGGCCGCCUCGGCUGAGUAUGAGCUGGAGAAGAGGGUGGAGAGACUCGACCUCUUCCCUGUGGAGCUGGAGAAAGACUCCGAAGGGUUGGGGAUCAGCAUCAUCGGGAUGGGAGCGGGGGCCGACAUGGGCCUGGAGAAGCUGGGAAUCUUCGUCAAGACGGUGACGGAAGGAGGGGCGGCCCACCGGGAUGGCAGGAUCCAGGUGAACGAUCUGAUCGUGGAGGUGGAUGGCACCAGCCUGGUGGGGGUGACCCAGAGCUUCGCCGCCUCCGUCCUCAGGAACACCAAGGGCCGCGUCCGGUUCCUAAUCGGGCGGGAGAAGCCAGGGGAGCAGAGUGAGGUGGCGCAGCUGAUCCAGCAGACGCUGGAGCAGGAGCGGUGGCAGCGGGAGAUGAUCGAGCAGCGCUACACCCAGUACACUGAGGACGACGAGGAGACAGGUGAAUAUGCCACGGAUGAGGAGGAGGAGAUGAGCCCCAUGUUCCCCGGCGGGGAGAUGGCCAUCGAGGUGUUUGAGCUGGCUGAGAACGAGGAUACGCUGUCCCCUGUGGAGAUGGACCCUGAGAAGCUGGUGCACAAGUUCAAAGAGCUCCAGAUCAAACACGCCGUCACCGAGGCCGAGAUCCAGCAGCUCAAGAGGAAGCUGCAGUGCCUGGAGCAGGAGAAGGCACGCUGGCGGGCCGAGAAGGCCCAGCUGGAGCAGAGCGUGGAGGAGAACAAGGAGCGGAUGGAGAAGCUGGAAGGAUACUGGAUGGAGGCCCAGAACCUGUGCCAGGCUGUGGACGAGCACCUCAAGGAGACCCAGGCCCAGUACCAGACCCUGGAGCGCAAGUACAGCAAGGCCAAGAGGCUCAUCAAGGAGUACCAGCAGAAGGAGAUCGAGUUCCUGAAGAAGGAGACGGCGCAGCGGCGGGUGCUGGAGGAGUCAGAGCUGGCACACAAGGAGGAGAUGGAGAAGCUGCAGGAGAAGAUCUCUGAACUGGAGGCCAAGCUGCAGACUUUGAAAAAUUCCAACCCGACUUAAACCACCCUCAAACCACAGCGAUUUCGGGGGCUCCCCUUUCUUCUCUCCAAACCACCCCCCAGCCCUGCCAUCUGCCCCUUCCCAACCUCUUCCCCACCGGGAAGGAGAUAAGACCCCCGCCAAGGCCUCCUGGUGCCCCCCACUCCCCCAUGGGGGCACAGACAGUGUGUCUGGGGGGGGUGCGUCUCCCAGAGGGGGUGUUUCGGGGGGGGACAGCCUGCGUUCGUGUCUGUGUCCAGUGUGAGUCUCGUGGUGACGUGAUGGACCGAUGGGGAGCA